AUGGGGCUCUUCGAGAGUAUUUUGAUGGGAACUGCAGGCGGUAUAUUUCAUGAUUCUGAUAGCAGGUGGCUUGAAGGAUUUUCAAUCAAAAUUGGAGUUUGUACAUCAUUUAGAGCUGAGCUAUGGGGAGUCCUCACUGACUUCAGGAAGCCUGGGAUAGGGGUUGGCGCCAAGUUGCCUUGGAAAUUGAUAAUGCUAGUAUAUUUCAAGUGUUGCGGGCUGGAAGAACUGUGCCUCGUCAGAAUGGUGAUAUUGUCAACUGUUCGUCACCUCUUGGCUAGGAACUGGGUAGUCUCUGUUGCCCCAUAUUUACAGGAAGGCUAA